AUGUUGUCGCGUGCCGCCGCAGCGCUGCUGCUUUCGUUUGGAGUCUCGUCGGUUCUCGCAUCGCUCCGUUGCUUCAACGACGACUUGGUCGCCGUCGAGACCCCCGUCAUCGCGCUCCCGGCCUACGCCAAGCGCCAGGAGUCCAAGCCGGUCGACGUGUACUUUCACGUCACCAGCACCGUAGCCAACAAGGACAGAAUCACCGACGCAGUUGUCGAUGCCCAGUUCGAGGUCCUGCACUCAACUUACCUCAAGCACGGCUUCUCACUAACCCUCGUCAACGUCUCCCGCAUCGUAGACGACGUCCUCGGCAAAGGCUUCUACGAAGAAUCCGGCAUCGGCAUCCCCGACUUCGAAGGCUACGUUGCCUGGUGCACCGCCACGCGCCGCGGCGGCUACGACGCGCUCAACGUCUACUUCUUCUCGGACCUGGGCGCCAGCCUCGGCGGGCAGUGCGCGCUCGCUGGUGUCGUGCAGGAGGGCAGCCAGCAGUUUUAUACUGAUGGGUGCUGGGUCAACGGCGACUCUAUGCCCGGCAUGACGCCCCGCAGCGGCAACGACACGGUGCCGCGGAAGGGGCAUAUUGCUGUUCAUGAGGUUGGGCACUGGUUUGGGUUGCUGCAUACGUUUCAUGGAAGGCUCUGUGAGGGGAUUAAUGAUCAGGUUGCGGAUACGCCUGCGCAGGCUGGUGGGAGUGGUGGGUGUCCUGUUGGGAGAGACUCGUGCCCUGAUUCGCCUGGGUUGGAUCCUAUUCACAACUUCAUGGACUACUCUGAUGAUACUUGGUGA